ACAAAGAAAAACAAAGAGUUUCGCUGUUAUUCUAGUUUUAUUGUUGCAAUCAGCUGUUAAAUAAAAGUUCUAUAUACGCGCAUUCACAACCCGUAACCUCUGGCCACGCUGUCCAUUUUUUUCUCUUGUGAAUAACAAACGCGACGCCAUGGCAACGCUGCGCUAAACAAAUGUUAAACAUUCGAUUUGCACGAACAUUUUUUAUCGCAAAAUGUUUAUACUGGACAAAAUUCUGCCGUUUAUCUUUAGCUACAUACGACCGUUUAUUAAGUGGUUCCUACAUGUGUUUACCCGCCUCUCCGAGCUCCAGCGAAUAUGCUACGGGGCAAAAUCGGGUACGCCGAGAUGCCGCCAAAUCGAGCGCUCCCUUUUACAGUCGAAUCAGCCGGAGAUAAAGACCAUGUUACGAGAACUGGACGAGGCAGCGCCCUAUGCUAGUGACAGAGAGUUGCUUUACUUUGCUCCCCGCGCCGUUAAAACUGUUUCCCAUGUGAAACGAAUUAAGAGUACUGUGCAUCCGGAUUUCGGAAGGCUCUUUGGCAAUUGCGUUACCACCAUUUGGGGAUAUAAACGUCUAAUGCAUCAGGUGGAGCAGCUGCGUGCCGAGCCAUAUGACUCGGAGAACCUGGAGCACGAGCAGAAGCUAUUGCAGCUGUGGCAGCUAUUGAUGCCCGAGACGCCGCUGACAGGUCGCAUAUCCAAGCAGUGGCAGGACAUUGGCUUCCAGGGGGACGAUCCGAAAACGGACUUUCGUGGCAUGGGCAUGUUGGGCCUUGAAAAUCUCUUGUACUUUGCCAGUGCCUACAAUGACGCCGCAAAGCAUGUGCUGCUGCACUCGAUGCAUCCCACAGUGGGUUACACCUAUGCCAUUGUUGGCAUCAAUCUCACCGCCCUAGCAUUCAACUUACUGCGCACGGGUGCGGCCAAGACGCACUUUUACAAUCAGGUGGCGCUGCAUAAGCAAAACUUCAGCACGCUCGAGGAUUUCCAUAAAUUGUAUUGCUACCUGUUCUUUGAAUUCGAUCGCUUCUGGAUGGACAGCUCGCCGCGGAACAUAAUGGACUUCCGAGAGGUUUACCAGGCCUUCGAGAUAACCAAACUCGAAGCGCUGCACAAUGAAAACACAAUUUUUAAAACGAAUCUGGUCGUGGAGUCCGUCUAAUUGCUCACAUUGCCCAGUUGUAAUUAAAAUUCCAUAGAUAUUUGUAUAAAUGCAGCUUUUUAUGCGUUUAUUUGAGAGCUAUAUUAUGUAUGUAUGUAUAUUUAAUAUGUAUAUAUUUGUAUGCAAGUAUUUAAAUCGUUAAUUAGCUGCAAAAUGCAAACUGCAAUUAAAUGUAAUUUUUAAUAAAAAAGGACGCAUAAUACUUAGAAAUGAAGAUCAUGAUUGCACAUAGGAGACAAUGAAUUCUAUAAAAAUAAUUAAAUAUCACGCAAAAGCAUUAAAAAAAAAAAAAUAAUUGCACAAAACUAACAUAGAAAAUUAUAAAAUAAACGAGACAAAUUCUUAAA